GACUCGUUUUGGUUUCCCCCUUUUGUCGUCUGCGUUCGAUUGAUGACGUUGUGCAGGGGGCGGAGCGGCGAGGUGACACGUCAGGCGGUUGCUGGGAGCUACUGAGUGAGGAGGAGGAAGGAGAGUGAAUGGAAUGGUUGGGACACCGGGAGUGCGGGAAGAGUAACACGGAGCCUGUGGGGUAGGGAGGAGAGACUAGAGCGAAUAGGAAGCUUCUGGGGAGAUUCACGUAGUGCUGGAGUCGGGGUACCUGAGAGACGUAGGAAGUGCAAGGGGGGACCUUAGUGAUGUAGUGUAGCCUGGCUCAUAGGGACCUGAGGGGAGCAGUUUUGUGAAGAGCAAUUGCAGCUUUGGGGAUAACUGGGAAAAGUGAAAUUGUGGGGUGAGAUCAUUAGGUUUAUUGGGGGGAGAAGUAAUUGUGCCAGUGUGGGGGCAGAACUGAGCUUUGGGGGUGAAACUAGAUUCCCAGGAGAUAGAGGAGCAUUGGGCACAGGGGGGGUUUGGGGGAGACACACUGAGGGUAAUAUAAAGGGGUGGCAUUAGGGGACGGGGUGCUGAUAGGGAGACAAUAGUGGCAUUUAAAGCCCCCCCCCAGCCUGAGUUUGGAAUUUCGGAGACACCCCAACUGUUGGAAUGACUUUGCCGCACUGACAGUAGAACAACAUUGUUCUGCCCGGAGCUGGGAGCCUCACUGCGCAUUGGGACCUGGGCUGCAAUGAGACUUUCUAUGUUCCUGUCCCUGUUGCGGCCCGCCGGGCCUGUGGUGGUCGGCAUCUCCUUAGGCUUCACUCUCAGCCUGCUCAGUGUGACAUGGGUGGAGGAGCCGUGCAGCGUUGGCCUGAGGGUGUCCGGCGGCUCGGGGGCAAAUUCCGACUCAAUUCACGACCGGGGGAACGGCAACGCAGCAAGGAAGCCCAAUUCCUUCCCCGCCGGCAUUGAAAAUGCUGAGAGCUUCGAGCCCAAGAUAAUCCCCUACACCCCGCCGGACCCCCAGAAAGUUCAGAAGAAACCGGUCCGGUCUCGGUACAUCAGCACAGAGCUGGGCAUCAGAGAGCGCCUCUUUGUGGGGGUCCUAACGUCCAAGAACACUCUGAAUACUUUGGCCGUCGCGGUGAACCGGACACUGGGCCACCGACUGGACAAACUGGUGUACUUCACCGGCAUGCGCGGGCGUAAGCUGCCCCACGGGAUGUCGGUGGUGACCCACGGAGAUGACCGGCCCAUUUGGAACAUGUAUCAGACCAUGAAACACCUGCUGGACCAUUACAUCCAGGAGUACGACUGGUUCUACCUGGUGCAGGACGACACGUACACAGAGGCGCACAGAAUCGCUCGUCUGGCUUCCCACCUCAGCAUCGACGCAGACCUGUACCUGGGGCGGCCGGAAGAGUUCAUUGGGGGCGACACCGAGGGGCGAUACUGCUACGGAGGCUUUGGUUACCUGCUGUCCCGGAGCCUUCUCCGAAAGCUGCAGCCGCACCUGGAGAACUGCCGCAACGACAUCCUGAGCGCCAGGCCCGACGAGUGGCUGGGGAGGUGCAUCAUCGAUUAUACCCACGUCAACUGUGUGCAGGAACACGAGGGGGUACGCUACCGUUACUUCGAGCUGGGUAAGAACGCCGACCCGGAGAAAGAGAACGACCCGCGAUUUACAAACGCUUUCACCGCUCACCCCGUGCUGGAUCCCGUGCAGAUGUACCGGCUGCAUAAACGCUUCGCCCACCUGGAGCUGGAGAGAACCUAUCAGGAGAUGGAGCAGCUGCAGAGGGAGAUACAGAACACCAGCAGCCUGUCGGUAGAGGGGGAACAUUCUGCUACCUGGCCCCUAGGGAUCAAUUCUCCCUUCCAGCCACGGACGCGGUUUGAAGUUCUACGCUGGGACUACUUCACCGAGGACCAAACCUUCUCCUGCACCGAUGGCUCCCCAAAGUGCGAGCUGAUUGGAGCAGACCUUGCCGAUGUCACAGACGUCAUAAGCACGGCAGUGGAUGAGUUGAACCGCAAGUACCAGCCGGUGCUACACGUGCGCAAACAGCAGCUGCUGAACGGCUACCGGCGCUUUGACCCAACGCGGGGCAUGGAGUACACCUUGGAUCUGCAGCUGGAGUUGGUGACCCAGAGGGGACACAGUCGCUCUAUCACCAAACGUGUGCACCUUGUGCGGCCGCUCAGCGAGGUGGAGAUCAUCCCGAUGCCGUAUGUGACCGAAGCCAGCCGGAUCAAUAUCAUCCUCCCUCUGACGGCGCAGGAUCGGGAACACGCCGCUCGGUUCCUCCAGGCCUUCACGGACAUCCAAGGCAACGAGAACUCCCUCCUCACCUUGCUUUUUAUCUACGACCCGUUCCAAGCCCAGCAGGUCAGCCAGAACGACAUAUUUGGCCAAGUCAAAAGUAUCAUCGCAGAAUACGAGCGCAAAUACCGUGACCUUAAAAUCCCUUGGAUCAGCGUGAAGACCGACGCUCCCUCCCAGAUCCGUUUAAUGGACAUCAUCUCCAAAAAGCACCCGGUAGACACGCUCUUCUUCCUCGCCGGCGUGGGCAGCCACUUGAACACCGAGUUCCUCAACCGCUGUCGUAUGAACACCAUCAACAACUGGCAGGUCUUCUUCCCCAUCCACUUCCAAGGCUACAACCCCGAGGUGUCGGAGCACGGGCAGCAGCCGCAUUCUGCCACGCUGGAGCUGUUGCGGGACGCCGGGCGCUUCGACAGGGACGUGUUCGAGGAGUCCUGCUUCUACAAUGCCGACUACAUGUCCGCCCGCUCCAAAAUGAGCGCCGACGCUCAAGAAAACGAAGAGAUUCUGGAGAUAUUGGACAUUUACGAGAUGUUCAUCCGCUACUCCGGGCUCCACGUCUUCCGGGCCGUGGAACCAGCGCUGCUUCAGCAAUACAGGUCGAGGGCCUGUAACCCGCGGCUCAGCGAGGAGAUCUAUCACCGGUGCGUGCAGAGCAAUCUGGAGGGUCUGGGCUCUCGGUCUCAGCUUGCCAUGCUGCUGUUUGAGCAAGAGCAGGGGAAUAGCACUUGACCCAAGCUUUAUGUAUGACUGCCGUGGUCACGGAGGGGUAUUAGACUGCCUGUGUGUUCUCUUCCGUGCAGGAAGCAGACGUUGACAUUAGGGGCAUUUGCCCCUCUUGUAGCACAAUCUUUGUGUGAUCUUUGCUCUACACGACACUUUGGAAGACGUCAAGUCGGACGCGAGGGGACAUUCCCUUCAGCAAUGGCUGCCAGCAGCUCCACAUUCCAUUGGCUGUGUGUGUGUGUGUGUGUGUGUGUGUGAUUCCCAAUAGCACCCGUCCCUAUAGUGACAGCCUCCACUCUCAUACAAGGGACACUGAGAGCCUGGGUGUGGGUGCCCUUGUCUUCAGAGAUCCUCAGAAACCUUAAUAACAGCCACAACGUCCAUUUUUAAAUGUUUGGUAGAUGUUUGAAUUGACUUUCCCUUUCGUCUCUUCUGUAACAUUGUCUGUUUUUCCUUUCCAACCCCUGAUAUCGCCGUAGCGCGGGCAUCUCAGACUGUGGUAUAUAAGUGGUACUUGAGAGUUGGGCGUGGGAUACGUGAUCAGUGAAGUGGAAGAAUACAUUGCUCGGAUGCCUCCUGAUUUGGCUUGGUUGCACAUGGUAUUUGAUCAUAUUUUAUACGUGGGAGCUGCCAUAUUGUUUCAUUCUACAUAAAAUGACUAAUACGGCAGCUCCUGUGCUCUCCAUGCCUUCAGUUAUUUAAAGGUCAACUUAAACCUUUGGUUUAAUUUGAUGGCAGUAAUACAGAAUUCUGGUGUACAAAUUCCCAUAUACAGAAGCCCUUUGCAGAUUACGUCUUGGAUUGCCAUUGGUCUUAUCCUGCAGGGCCCAGACAUCCACCCACUUCACCUGGGGUGUAAGGAAGGAGGGAGCCAGCCCAAUGGAACUGGUACAGCAGCUCCCCAAUGGAUUUUGGGAAAUCAGGGGACUUAUUCUGUAUACAGGGCUGCUGUAGCUGGCAACUGGUACAGCAGCUCUGUGUGCGUUAAUGCCACCAACCUAACAUGGAGUUGGGUUCCCAGUCUCAUAGCCCACAGUUAAACACUACCGUGCGUAUAUUGUAUUAUAUAUACGUGUGUCUCGCCGCUACACCAUUGUUUUCUCAAAACUUGAAUAUUUGUUGUUUUUUUUUUUUUGUUUCAACUGACACUUUCUAUUUGUUGCUCUCUAAUCUCUCCACUGCGCCCCGUCUGGCAAUGAAGAGGUUAAUACUUUAGAAUGGGGAUGGGGGGGGAGUGCAUGUGAGAAAUUCUGUGAUUGGGGAGAAGAAGGAAUAAUCAGAAACGACUGUUUUUGUACGGAAAACUCGAGAGCAAAUGGUUUUUAUAUUAUAAAUAUAUUUAAUGUUUUUCUUUU